UUUGAAUCUGAUUAGCCUUUGAAAAAUUGUUCCGUUAUUUUCAAUUUUUAUUUAUUUAUAUUUAGAUCUAAAGUGUACCGAAUAAAUUAAAUCAAAUUCAGACUCUGGACGUAGCCAUUAGAUCAAAAUUAGUGUUUCAGAAAAUUUUAUUUUGAUGUUGCUGCAGUCGAUAUUCGCACCACUUUGGCAACCAGUUAAAGACCAAUUGGGCCUAUUCCGUGCAUUGGCAACUGGUGGUCGGAUUCCGGGCACUAAUCUAAUAUUGAUGCCAGUCGCUGCCGGUAAAUGUCGCUUUGGAUUUGUGGAACAUUUUAUGAUGGCAUUAGCUGGCGCUUGGCUGCUGUUUUGUGUCAUCUACCGUGAGCUGAAGGAUGUGAAGCCAACGAAAAGACAACAGCACAAGCAGCCAUAUAGCGUGUGCUGCAUUGCAUGGAACGAAAGGGAUACGGAUACGGAUAUGGAUACGGAAACGACAAUAACGACGACCACGACAACAACAACAAUUACAACAACAACGACCACGGCGGAUACUGGCACAUCCAGCCAAACUGAGGAUACUGCCAACCAGACGGAUCAGAAUGAGGAAACAAUCGAUGGUCAGUUGAUGAUCCAUACAGAUGGCGUGUUGGGUGACGGGACGGAAGCGACAUUCUAUUGGGGAUGUCAUCAGCUGCAUAGGCCAGAGCCGAUAUUUCGAUUUACACGAUUACAGUUGGAGAAAAUGUUGCGUAUGGAUCAGGAUGAAAGCGAUGAUGAUUACGAAGACGAUUCUGAUGAUGAUAUUGUUCCAGAUAGCGAUGACAAGGUUGAUGAUAGUCAGAGCAAUAGCAAUAGGGAUAUGGAGGACAGAAAUUUAGAUAGCUAUGAAAGCAUCAAUGAAAAGUAAACAAAUAUCCGAUAUCAAUAGCUCCAGCCGCAGCCAGCAAAUAUUAGGUGCCUUUAGCUGCAAGUUGUCUGCAUAUGUAUGUGUCGUCGUCAUGAUGAUGAUGUAUGUAUGUCUAUGCGUGCGUCUCACAUUCAGCGCAUUCCAUUAAAAGAGGUGUAUGGUUACAGAAUAUGGGGAAGUAAUAGCAUAGUAGUAGUAAUAAGAAUCACAGUAUUAAUAGUAAGCGCAUUUUUGCAACAGAAAAGGAGAACGAACUCAGCUGCACGCUCUCGCAUAGGCUGAAAGAUAAACACAUGCAUGCGAACAAACACACACACUCAUAUAUAGGCAACAACACGCAGUACGCAACAACAGCACAGCACUAAAUUUGUUGAUAUUUGACAGAGAUUUUUCGAUCAGUUUUUUUUUUUUUUUUAA